CGUACCAACAGAAAGUGAAUAUUUUCAAUUUCAUUCAAUCAGUUUUGUUUGAAGUAUGGCCGAUUCUGUUGAGUUGCGUAUGAGUGUAACUUCAAUAAAAAGGGUCGAUCCUUACGUUAAAGACAUUCUUGCUACUUCAACACAUGUAGCCCUUUACAAAUUCAAUCCAAUAAUAAGCGAAUGGGAAAGAACUGAAACUGAAGGUGCCCUGUUCCUUUACAGCCGAAGCGGGGAACCAUGGCACAGUGUAAUGAUUAUGAAUAGAUUGAAUACUAAUAACUUGAUUGAACCAAUAGUUAAGGAAUUUGAAUAUCAAAUGCAACCCCCGUUUUUACUCUAUCGCAAUUCUAGAAAUAAAAUUUACGGCAUUUGGUUUUACAAUCGGGAAGAGUGUAUACAAAUUACGUACUUGUUAGAAUCUCUAAUGGAAGGUUUGAAAGAGAAACUGAUAGAGAAAACGAAAUCUCGCGAGAUGGGUGUCGAUAUUUUUAGCAUGUUAAGCAAAGCCCAAGAGGAUUUUAACAAUAAAACUCCUACCAAAUCAGAAAUGCUUUCCCAACCUCAAUAUUCAUCGACUCCGCGUAGUGUUGACAUGCCUUCACAAAGUGUAAUGGACUUUUUCGCAAAAGCGAGCACUAAACCUGUGAAACCCGCUGUUGUCACACAAGGUGAAAGUGAAAACUUAUUGCAAAAACUGAUGAGUAAUCCUGCACAUAGCGUUGAACACAUAGAAAAGCAGCAGCGGUCGGUUACUCCACAAGAUCGCAAGAACCUGCCUGUCUUCUUCCCUUCAAACAACAUAAGUUUAGACAAAGAUCACGAACCGCACAACGGCUUAAGUUUUAUAGGAGGGGCUUCACCAGCACAUCAGCAAGUUUCGCCGUUAGCUUCUUUGUUGGCUCAUAAUCUAACGAUGGAUGAAACCGAAAGACGCUGUUCGCCCUUAAUUCAUUUUGACACACCUCAAAAACCCCAACUAAUGCCACCCAUGAUGUUCGCAACGUCGACUUCAAAGGAGAAAUCGGAAUAUUCCCAGCCGGAUAAAGAAGUGGACUUAUUGACGAGUAAUCAACUGGUGCAGGCGUUAAUACAUUUAUUAAAAAACGACACAGACUUCGUUGCCAAAGUGCACGAGGCUUAUACCAAAUCUGUUAACGAGAAGCUUAACUGUGCUAACGGGAAUUUGUUUAAGUAAUUUCAAUUUUAAUACUGUAGAGAAACGUUAACAUUUAAUAUAUUCGUAAUUUAUUAAGACAUUCAAAUGAAACUUGAUAAUUUUAUUAGUUUUAUUUUCGUGAGUUUUUCGUCGAGGGACCUAUUUCCAGUGAUUUUAAAAACGUGACCCAAACAAGUCACUUUUAUUUUUAAAAAAUGUAAAUCUUUUUAGCUUCUUUUCUGAGGCAUUCGAAUAUAUGUACAUGGCAGACUUCAAUAUUACAUGUAUAUAAUGUAUGAAUAACUUGUAUAAUCCUCUUAAGAUUGAUGUCUAGCAUAACCCCCAAAAAAUCUACUCAUUUAAAAUAAGGAAAAAGAGGGCGAAUGUAAAAUGGCAAACUUAUACCUACCUAGGCAUGUGAUAUCUCAAAAUGUGAUCGGAAUUAAUGACCAUUCAAAGCACAUUUAUUGAACUGUAAUUAUUUAUUUUUGGUGAUCUACUAAAAGAUCGAUUUAGUUAACAAUUACUUUUCAUUUAGGUAUAUCCUACUGGUGUAACAUAAGAAAGUUAAUGACUCCAAUAAAAGUAUAAACAGUA